AUGACAUUUAUGAUUUUUUCCAUUAUUGUAUUUUUAUUAACAUAUGAAUGUAAGACAAUAAAGAGAUAUUUUUAUGUUAAUAAUAAUAUUAAUUUUUUAAAAGAUAGGAAGAAAAGUAUAAAAUAUGUUUUAAGAAGAAAUAAAAGAUUAUAUGAAAAUGGGAAUGAUUUGUUUGAAUAUUUCGUUGCAUUAAAAAAUGAAGAACUAGAAAUGCAUAAAGAAGAAAAAAAAAAAAAAAAUCCUCAUUCAGUUAGUUAUAUACAAAAGUUACCAAAAAAAAAACAUUUAUUAAGAAGAUGGAAAUAUGAUUUAUUUGAAAAAAUAAAAGAAAAAAUGAAACAAGAAGAUGAAACAAAAAGAACAACUAAAUUAUGUAAACAUAAAUUUAAACUUCCGAUUGAUUUUUUUAAAUUAGGAGAUCAGGUUAGAGCAAAAGUUGUACAUGUCCAAAAUCAUUUAAUAAAAGUAGAUAUUAAUUUCAUACAAUUAGCUCAUUUAUAUAUUAAAAGAUAUUUUAAUGAAAAAACAGAACUCAAAAAAAAAUAUGAAAUAGGGAAAUAUAUAGAUGUUGUCAUUUGUUAUAUUCAUAAAAAAAAUAAUAUUAUACAAGUCACAGAUAAUGAAGAAGAAAUUAAAACUCUCAAAUCUAAUCUCAACAAACUUAAGGAAAUUGGAUAUUUGAAAUCAAGUUAUCAAGAAGAAAAAUUUGAUGAGGAUAAAAAAUUUGAUGAGGAGGAAAAAUUUGAUGAGGAGAAAAAAUUUGAUGAGGAGGAAAAAUUUGAUGAGGAGAAAAAAUUUGAUGAGGAGGAAAAAUUUGAUGAGGAUAAAAAAUUUGAUGAGGAGGAAAAAUUUGAUGAGGAGGAAAAUAUUGAAGCUGAUGAAUAUUAUAAAGUGAAAGAAAAAUAUAAUGAUGAUGAUUAUAAUGAUAAUGAUGAUGAUGAUGAUGAUAAUGAUGAUGAUUAUAAUGAGGAUGAUGAUUAUAAUGAUGACCAUAAUGAUGAUCAUAAUGAUUCUCAUAUUCAUUCUCAUAUUCAUUCUCAUAUUCAUUCUCAUAUUCAUUCUCAUAAUGAUGAUCAUAAUCAUUCUCAUAAUGAUUCUCAUAUUCAUUCUCAUAUUCAUUCUCAUAAUCAUCUUGAAGACAUUUCCAACAAAUUAAAAAACCCCUACCAACAAUCACCUAUUCCAAAUGUAAACUAUCAACAAAAUAUUUAUAAUCAUAUCCAAAAUAAAGAAAAUAUCGAUGAAAUUAAAGAAAAAUUGGGACUGCAAUUUCAACUUAAUAAAAAUUCGAAAGAUUUAAUGUAUAUCAAAGAAGAAAAUAAUAAGAAAAAAUUAAAAAAAAUUACAGACUUCAAAAUAGAAGAUGAAGUUAAUGGCACAGUAAAAUUUAUUAACGAAGAAGGUGCAUAUAUAGAUAUAGGAUGUAAAACUCUAGCCUUCUUAAAUUUAGGUCAUUAUAAUAAAGACCCUAACAAUUUCUUAAAUAAUAGAAAAAAGAAAAAAAUCGAAAUUAAUGAUUAUAUAAAAAAUUUGAAAAUAAGGAAAAUAGAUAUAUUAAACAAUAGAAUUGAAGUAAGUGUAUAUGAUAUGCAAGGAGAAGCUUGUCUACGUAUAUUAAAUCAACAAGAGACAUUAAGAGAACAAAAUAAAUAUAUCCCAUGUUCUUCAUUUAUAACACAUAAUUAUCAUAUGAUCAAUUAUAUUAAAAAAUACAAUGAAUUAAAAAAAAAAAAAAAAAAUGUAUACAAUUUAUUUGAAAAAAAUAAACAAUUAGAUGAAUUAAGAAAUGUAAAAGAUUUAAAAAAAGAAGAGUUUAAAUCAUUUAUUUUAAAAUAUAAUGAACUCAGUUCACCUAACAGUAAUUAUCAAGAAAUGUUGGAACAAAAUGCAAACAAUGAACAGUUUCUAAAAGAGAUAGGAACUGAUAUAUCAGAUAAUGAGAAUAAUCAAUUAAACGUGGACUUUUUAAGAAAAAAAAAUAAAGAAUUAAAAAAUGAAAUACAAACAUUUAGAGAUAAUCUAAAUACACCCACAAAUAAUAAUAAUAAUAAUAAUAACAAACAGUGUACAAAUGAAACAUUUGAUAAUCAAUAUAUGAAUAAUAACCAAUAUCAAAAUGAUCAAGAUCAAAAUGAAUAUUCAAUAUCUGAAAGGUACUUAUAUGAUCCAAAUGAAAAAUAUAAUUCUGAUGAAGAAUCCAUAAAUAAAAUGAAGGAAAAAUUAAAUUAUUAUGAUUCUCUUAAUAUAGAUAAUGAUAUGUCUAACAUAAAUUCAAAUGAACAAAAUCAAUCAUCGCUUUUAUAUCUUAAAAAAAAUAUACACAAAAUAAGGCGUAAUGUCAUGGAGGAGUGCAAUCAAAAAUCUGACCCCGAUUAUAAGAAAAAGAAAAAUUUUGAAAAACAAAUUGAGAAGGAUCUACUCACUUUGAAAAAGUAUCAAAUGGAAGGUCAAAAUGGGGAGACCAAAUCGAGUGGACGUGAAAAAAAUGAUGAUAAAAAAUAUGAUGAGGAUGAAAAUUAUGAUGAUGAUAAAAAUUAUGAUGAGGAGGAAAAUUAUGAUGAGGAGGAAAAUUAUGAUGAGGAGGAGGAAAAUUAUGAUGAGGAGGAAAAUUAUGAUGAGGAUGAAAAUUAUGAUGACUAUAAAAAUUAUGAUAAAAAACAAAAAUCUGCUCAUGAAAACAUCAAUAACCUUUUAAAUAAAAAUUCAGAAAAGGAUAAUUUGUUUAAUAAAAAUGACCUACUUGAAGAAGAAGAUAAACUUUAUGAUGAAGAACUUAAAAAUAAAAUUUUUGAAAAUGAUCCCCUAGAUGAUGAUAAAAACGAUGAAGAUGAAAAAUCAUUUUUUAAUAUAAAAAAUGAUCUUAAUUAUAUAUUAAGUAAAAAUUUAAAUAUGAAUAUAUUGAAUGAUGAACAAAAAUGUAUUGAAGAAGCUUCGAAAUUAUUUGGUGAAGAUAUAAGUAAGUGGGAUGAAAAAAUGUAUUAUUAUUUUGGAAGUAAGGAUAACUUAUCCUUAGAUAAUUUAGAAAUAUAUGAUGACUAUGAAUUUAGAAAUAAAUUAUUAAAUAGAAAUGUAGAAAAUCAUUUUAGUGAAUUUGAUAAAAUAUUGAACAUACAAAAUGACAAAAUAAUACAAGAUGAUCAGCAAUUUUUAAGUGCUAAAUAUGAGGAUAAUAACACCCAUAAAAAUAAUAACGAACAAAUUUAUGAGAAGAACAUAAAUAAUUAUAAUCAAGAAAUUAAUAAUAACCAUAUAAAUGACUAUACAAAUAAAUAUGAUAUCAAUGAUGAAAAUAUAAAUGAUGAUUCAAACCAAUAUGAUAUCAAUGAUGAUGAUACAACUGACGAUGAUAUAAUAUAUGACCAUGUGAACAAUAAGAAAAAUAUAAAAAAUAAUCAUAAUGAUAUUUUUCAACAUACUAAUUCUACUAAAGAUAAUAUACUUAAGCAUACAUACUCCAUACAUGAACAAAAAAAAAAUGAAACAAAAACAAAUAUACACAUAAAUAAUGAACAUAAUGAAAAUAAUUUUAAUUAUGAUGAUCAUAUUGAAAAUUAUUUAAAUACAUUUAUUAAUGAAGAAAAUGUUCAGGAACAUUUUGAAAAAUCACCUGAACAAGUCAGGCAAAAAACAAUUACUUCAGCUAAAAAAGUGGCAAAUUUAAAAGGAGGAGAAUUAAAUGAAAAUAAUGAUAUGCAAAAUUAUGAUAUGUUUGAGAAUAAUGUGAAAGAGUUAUUUUAUGAAGAUAAAAAAAAAAACAAUGAAUACAUUAAAGACAUAUAUUCAAUUUUUAAUGAUAAAAUGCAUGACAAUCAAAAUAUUAAUGUAGAUCAAAAUGAUAACCUUCAACAUGUCGAUAAUAAUAAUUCAUUAGUUAAGGAAGAACAAGAAAAAAUAGAAGAAACAACCGAAAUUAAUAUUCAGAAUAUUAUAAAUAAGGCUAUAAAUAUUGGAAAUUUAUUUAAAAAAAAUGAACUGGACAAAUUAUUAAAAAUGAAAAAAAAAUCCAACAAUGAUCAAAUGACUCCUAUAAAAGAUCCAACGAAUGAAAACGCUAUCAAAAUAAAUAAAAUCAUAAAAGAAGAAGAACAAAAAAAAAAAGAAGCAGUGGUAGAACAUAAUCAAAAUUAUGAAGAUAAUAAUCAUAUUGAUUCUUUUGAAAAACGUUAUGUUAAAAAUGAAGAUGACGAAAUGAAAGCGUAUAGACAUGCAUCAUAUGAAAUACAAGGCUAUUAUAAAAGGAAAAGGAAAAUGAUAAACAUGGAAGAACUACAAGACCUGCAACCAGAAAAAGAGGAAGGGAUUGUUUUAAGUAACGACGAUUUAAUAAAUAAUAAACAUAAUACUGAUAAUAAUAAUAAUAAUAGUUCUUAUGAAAAAGAAAUGAAUAAUAACAAUAAAUCAAAUAACGUAAAUAGCCUAUUAAAUGUAGAUAUGAACAAAGAUAUGCUUUUUUUAUAUGGACAAAAUGAAAAAAUAGCAGAAGACAAAUUUUUAGAAAAGUUAUUAGAAAAGGAAAAACAUAAUAAUAAAGCAGUCAGUAAAGAUGUAGACGUAUUAAUUAAAAGUUAUAAAUAUAUGAAUGAAAAUCCUGAUAAUUUUAUAGAAUAUUUUUAUAAAAAAACUGAACAAAAAACUUUACCGUCUAACAAUAAUGAUAAUAAUUAUAAUAAUAAUAAUAAUGAAGAAUAUAUAGAUACAAAUGAAAAUAAUAAUUUGAAUAAUAUAUUUAAUGAUAAAAAUUUUGUGAAUGAACAUAACUAUAAUAUUAAUAAUAAAGAACAUUAUUAUAAAAAUGUAGAGGCACAUGAACAAAAUAUACCCACAGAUUUUGAUGACUUCUCUAAUACAACAGUCGCAUUAAAAACGUGGUCCUUAAAAUUAGGACUCAUAAAAGAAAACCAUAUGCAUUUAAAUGAUCAAGAAUUAAUUAAUCAUUUUCUUAAAAGUGAAAAAUUUAAAAGGGCCUUGAAAUUUUAUAAUGUAAAUACAAAAUAUGUAACUAUACCUCUUAUUUAUAAAAUAACAAAAUUGUUAUAUUUUGAAAGACCAUUUCCAAGUAAAGAAAAGUAUUAUAAGUUAAACAUGAAUUAA